AUGUUGGACCGGCUGCUGAGGGGGCGGCCGCGCAUGCGCUGUUAUAGCGGGGAGAGGGACACGCCCAGCGGGUCCCAGCCCUGGCUGGCCGCGGGCAGGGCCUCGCCCCGGCUGGUGCUGGCGGUGGUGUUCGUGGCGCUGCUGCUGGACAACGUCCUGCUCACCGUCGUGGUCCCCAUCGUCCCCACCUUCCUCUACACCACCGAGUACGAAGGUGCCAAGAGCUCCGCGAGCCCAGCCGUGCCCGAGCCAACUCCCGCAGCCCCGGGGGCUCCUCCCUUCUCCUCCGUGCUCUCCUAUUUUGACAACACCACCGUGCCCGUUCGGGGCUUCAGCGGCGCCCUGGGGCCGCCCAACGGGACGGGGAGCAGCCCCCCCGGGGACCCCCCCAGCGCCCCCCCAGCCCCGGGCAGGGGCUGCCUGGAGGGAGGGGAGUUCCUGGCCCAGGAGAACACCCGGGUGGGGCUGCUCUUCGCCUCCAAGGCUCUGGUGCAGCUGCUGGUCAACCCCUGGGUGGGUGUGCUGACCAACAGGAUCGGGUACCACAUCCCCAUGUUCCUGGGCUUCACCAUCAUGUUCCUCUCCACAGUCAUGUUUGCUUUCUCGGGCACCUACACCCUGCUGCUCACCGCCAGAGCCCUGCAGGGCGUCGGCUCCUCCUUCUCAUCGGUGGCAGGCCUGGGGCUGCUGGCCAGCGUGUACCCGGACGACUCGGAGAGGGGCAGCGCCAUGGGCAUCGCCCUGGGAGGCCUGGCCUUGGGAGUGCUGAUCGGGGCACCCUUUGGGAGCAUCAUGUACGAAUUCGUGGGGAAGGCAUCGCCCUUCCUCGUCCUGGCCUUCCUCGCCCUCCUGGAUGGAGCUCUGCAGCUGUGCAUCCUGCAGCCCUCGCGGAUCUCCCCGGAGAGCACCAAAGCCACCCCUGUGUCCACCCUGCUGCGAGACCCCUACAUCCUGGUGGCUGCAGGAGCCCUCUGCUUCUCCAACAUGGGGGUGGCCAUGCUGGAGCCCACGCUGCCCAUCUGGAUGCUGCAGACCAUGUGCUCCCCGCAGUGGCAGCUCGGGAUGGCGUUCCUGCCUGCCAGCAUCUCCUACCUCAUUGGCACCAACCUCUUUGGGAUUCUGGCCAACAGGAUGGGCAGGUGGCUGUGCUCCAUGAUUGGAAUGGCUGUGGUGGGAAUCAGCCUCCUCUGUGUCCCUCUGGCCACCAACAUUUACGGGCUGAUCGGCCCCAACGCCGGCCUGGGCUUUGCCAUAGGAAUGGUGGACUCCUCCAUGAUGCCCAUCAUGGCCUACCUGGUGGACCUGCGCCACACCUCAGCCUACGGCACCGUCUACGCCAUCGCCGACGUGGCCUUCUGCACGGGCUUUGCCAUCGGUCCCUCCACGGGCGGGGCGAUCGUGCGGGCCCUGGGCUUCCCCUGGCUGAUGGUGAUGGUGGGCGUGCUGAACGUGGCCUACGCCCCGCUCUGCUGGCUCCUGCGCAGCCCCCCGGCCACGGAGGAGAAGAUGGCCAUCCUGAGCCAGGAGUGCGCCAUGAAACCCAAAAGCUACAGCACGAAGGGAGCCCAGCGGGGAUUGCCCCUCGCGGAGGAGAGCGACGGGGAGGCGGAAAACAUGGAAUAG